UAAAAACAUAAACAAACGAUUCGCUUUUGCCGGCAAAAUGAGCGCUACCUCUUCGUUUGUGGCAAGUUUCGUGCGGCCAGAAAUACGGCCUGAGUCGUACUCUUCCACGAAGGCGUUUGAAAGUUUGCAUCUAGUGAGACAACCCAAAAAGAAAGUACCCAAACCCCAGACCAAACAGAAAAGGAGACUAUCCCGUCGAGAUAUCAAAGAACUAGGGCUUUAUGCGAUACCGCACGAUACGGUCCAAUAUAAGGAUGCUGUGCCCCUGCACGAGCUAUGGUGUGGAUACAUUUCUAGAUUCCUGCAACACCGCACACCGGAAGUAACGGAUUCGCAGUACAACCCACUGGUCGCCAGUCUUUUAAAGGCGGAUUAUCACGGAGCCAAAAUCACGGUCGUCCGGUCGAAGCAGUCGUCGGUCGUCGGUUUGAAAGGGAUCGUCGUCCUGGAUACGAAGGGAACGUUCAAAAUUGUUUCCAAGGACAACAGAGUGCGAACAAUUCCAAAAAACGAUUCAGUCUUUGAAGUACACUCCAAGGACAAGACCAUCACGGUGUUCGGCAAAUAUUUGAACGCUCGGCCAGCGGAGCGUUCUGUGCGGAAGGUAAAAGUUUUCUCCAUCCCCGAUUUAUAG